GGCUGCAGCGAGCCACGAAUGCAUCACUGUACCCCAGGCUGGGUGACAAAGCAAGAUAGCAGCGUAAUCUGGCUUGGAGGUAGUAAGGCCCUGUUAAUUCCAGGUGUUAGAGCUGAGAGAAAGGGAUUGUGUGGCAGGCAUUCUUGUGUAGGGCAGGGUGUCAGACUGGGUGGCCGUGCUGGGCAUUGGUCUAAAGGGAGAUGCUGUGACCCUCCAGACCUCCAGGAAGUCUGGCCUAGAAAAGGAUAGAGGUGAGUGCUCUAUGCUCGGUCUUGAGGAUGAGGGCAGAGAAUAGCCAAGAGCUCCUGGAAUUGGUCAUCUCAGGGCCAAGCUCAGCAAAAGGCUGAAAUCUGGGAAAUGUGGUGCUCUCAAUUUCUAGGGCACAUGGCAUAAUUCCAUGAGAAGUUUAUGUCUCCAGGUUUUUCCACCAGGGAGAUUUUUACGCUCAGCCUUCUCAACUGUGGGAUAGAAGGCUUUUGUUCCUCGUUAAAUGGAUUUCAGUGUUUGUCAAGCAGGUGGGGAGGUGCAGGGAGAUGGAUUUGGUGGUUACUGUGACCACAUUUUUUGAGUCAAAAAUCAGAACACAUAGCUUUGAUGUAAUCUCACAGUAGCACAGGAUAUUUGAAAUAGGGGCUGUUGAGGAAAAUCCCAGGAUACAGGGUUAUGAUGGCUUCGUUGUUUAGCUGCAUGUAUUCUCCUUGGAUUCCAAUACUUGCUUUUUCCAUCAUGGCAGACUUCCCGGAGCCAGCUGUAUGCAAUCAUACUUACCUGUUCCUACUCAGAGGCACUGGGCCAGUCUUGCUGUGGUUUCCUGUGAAAUCUUUAAUUGCCUGUCACCUUUCUCUUAAGAAACUUGAAAUAAACACUAAGACGAAUGAGUCACGAGUUUGUUGGUGAAUGUCCUGCCAACCCCCUUCCGUGUGAGGAGCUGUGUGAUGGGGAUGCAUCCUGUCCCCCGGGGCAUAAAUGCUGCAGCACCGGCUGUGGCCACACCUGCCGCGGAGACAUUGACGGAGGGCGGGACGGUGAUUGUCCGAAAGUUCUGGUGGGCCUGUGCAUUGUCGGCUGUGUGAUGGAUGAGAAUUGUCAAGCUGGAGAAAAGUGCUGCAAGUCAGGCUGUGGCCGCUUCUGUGCCCCAGCAGUCCUGUCCCCAAAACUGACCAUGAACCCCAACUGGACUGGGAGGUCUGAUUCUGAAUUAAAGAUCCUGGUGCCCUAGCUGUGCUGAUUUGUCUGGAGCUUCUUUGGUAACUCUCGAAGCUGUUCCUGGCAGUAAAGAGAGGGUGACAUCCUGGGGCUUGUGACAUUUCCAGGGGCACUCAUGGCGCUCUCUGCUCUGCUUCUCCUCCUGCUACUGUCCAGAGCGUAGGAAACAGCCCUGGAUUGGGCAUUGGGUGUGUGGUGCUUCUCUUUCCCAAUAAAGGCUGGUGCCGA